ACGCAGGUCGCGUCAAGCCCAGCUGAAGUUAGCGCGUUCACAGGAGUCCUUCGAAAGGCUAGCGAGUCUUCCACCGACCUCAACCAGUCAUCUCGCAUACGUGAUUGAAGAAGGUGGAAUAUUUCUCCGAGUGUACAUUCGGCAAUGCACUAAUAUUCAGGUGCUGUUUCUAAUUCGGUCUGUUGAACAGUGUAUGGAUUCGCCGUCGCCUUCGAUAUCAACAUCAUGUCGGAUGAUUUAUAUACGAAGGGAUACCCUCACAUUCCUUUUCCCAGAGGUCCACACUCCGUGUCAGCAGCUGACCUUUGUACGAAUGGAGGCGACUCUGCCUUAUUGAGGCUGUUUUACCCAACACCCAUCACUGCUGGUCAGAAAGGACCGCGUCUUAUGGACCCUAAAAAAUGGACCAGUUGGUAUUUGGGAGACCGGUACUGCGAGGGCUUCGUGCAGUUCAUCACUAACAGCGCCUACUCCCAGUUCAUACUGCCGGCUCUGAAGCCGUUCUUGUAUUUCUUCGGAUAUUAUAUUACAAAAGACAUCAAGAUCCCGGUGGAGUGGUGUAAGGAGCUCCUCCGGAGGAAGGGACCUCCGCCGCCGGCGGGAGGCGAGAAGGGCCUCCAGGACGACGGGAGGGCCUGGCGGGUGGCCGGUUUGGUGGUCGUGUCGCACGGGAUGGCCAACCACAGGUCGUCUCUCUCGACGCUUUCCUCUGACCUUGCGUCCCACGGCUUCGUCGUUGUAGCCAUUGAACACAGAGAAGGGUCGGCAAGCGCCUCUUUCUUCAUGGACCCCAAAACCAAAGAGAAGGAGUGGGUGUCGUACACAGCUUACCGUCACGACGGACAGCUGGAAACUCGAAUUAACGAAAUCACCACCGCCUACUCCGUCCUGAGGCGCCUGAACGAAGGGGACGUCACGAACCUCCUGGAGAAGGAGUCGCCCUUCCCGAUAGAGACCUUCAAGGGCGCCCUCGAUCUCUCCAACGCCGUCCUCCUGGGGCACUCUUAUGGCGGGGUGUCGACUCUCAAGGUUCUGGCUGGGCCCAGGAAUUCCUUCAAGUGCGGCGUCGUCCUGGACCCCUGGAUGUAUCCCGUGAAGGGCACGACCGCGGAACUGGGCGAGGCGAUCAAGGUGCCAAUCCUCUCCAUCUCGACGGAGGACUUCAACAAGGGGCCGAAUCUCAAGGCUCUCCAAGUCUUCCAGGAGAACCACCAGAAUGCCAAGUCUUCCUUCCUCACAAUGAUGGGAACUUGCCACCACCACGGUAAUGACGCCCCUUGGAUAUCAGGGAAAUUCAUGUGGUGGGUCACCGGGGGUAAGUCUUCGCAUCACCCCAAAACCAUCCACCGAUUCCAGCGGAGUCUGAUUCUCACCUUCAUUGAUAAACAUAUCGACACGAAGAGAGACAACUUCUACUCGAGCCACGCUUGGCUCACCAGAUGCCGUAACGCCAUUGAGGAGGACCGCCACAUCAUUGUGUCUCAUGGCGAUGUGAACGUGAACGGAGGAUGAAGAUGAUGAUGUGAUGAUGAUGAUGUGGUCGCCUGAGAUAAGAUACGAAAAUAAUGCUGAAUAAAACUGAGCGUAGAAUCCCGUGGUCCUCUUGAUUAUAUAUAUAUAUAUAUAUAUA